GCUAGCUGCGGUCCCUCCAAGCCGCGCGAUGAGCAAGUGGAGCGUCGGGCGAAAGCCCAGCCGCACACUCGGACUCCUGCUGCUGGUGAUCUUGAGUUACCUGGUGCUCCGCAGGAUUUACAGGUGAUAUAGGGAUGCCUUCUGGCAUGGAAAGAACCAUUUCAGACCUGCUUCAAUGAGCAUACUUCAUUCAAGAUCAUUCAAGUAAGCGACCGGAUCUGGCUCUUCUCCUACCCCACCCUGAAGACUCUUUCUGAGAUCUGAGAAUCAAUUCAGGGACCCAUUUCACAUGAAAGAAAUUGUAUUUGCACCUCAAGCCGGGCAGCUGUGACCACAAUGUGGCUCAGAGGUUGGACUGGUAUAAUCUGGUCCCUGCAUGGCUGAGACACCGGCAAUCAGGGCUGCAGGCCAACGGCCAACACUUCAUGCUGGAGGACUCCACCUUCUGGAUCUUUGGGGGCUCUGUGCACUAUUUCCGGGUGCCCAAGGAAUACUGGAGGGACCGCUUGCUGAAGAUGAAAGCCUGUGGCUUGAAUACCCUCACCACCUAUGUUCCAUGGAAUCUCCACGAGCCAGAAAGAGGCAAAUUUGACUUCUCUGGGAACCUGGACCUGGAGGCCUUUGUGCUGUUGGCUGCAGAGAUCGGGUUGUGGGUGAUUCUGCGUCCAGGCCCCUACAUCUGCAGUGAGAUCGACCUCGGGGGCUUGCCCAGCUGGUUACUCCAAGACUCUGGCAUGAGGCUGAGAACAACUUACAAGGGCUUCACCGAAGCAGUGGACCUUUAUUUUGAUCACCUGAUGUCCAGGGUGGUGCCACUCCAGUACAAGCAUGGAGGCCCCAUCAUUGCUGUGCAGGUGGAGAAUGAAUAUGGUUCCUAUAACAGAGACCCCGCCUAUAUGCCUUACAUCAAGAAGGCCUUGGAAGACCGGGGUAUUGUGGAAUUGCUCUUGACUUCAGACAACAAGGACGGCCUGCAAAAGGGAGUCAUGGAUGGAGUGCUGGCCACCAUCAACUUGCAGUCACAGCAUGAGUUGCAGUUAUUAACCAACUUUCUCUUAAGUGUCCAGAGGGUUCAGCCCAAGAUGGUGAUGGAGUACUGGACAGGGUGGUUUGACUCGUGGGGAGGCCCACACAACAUCCUGGAUUCUUCUGAGGUUUUAAAAACAGUGUCUGCCAUUCUCGAUGCUGGCUCCUCCAUCAACCUCUACAUGUUCCAUGGAGGCACCAACUUUGGCUUCAUAAAUGGAGCCAUGCAUUUUCAUGACUAUAAGUCCGAUGUCACCAGCUAUGACUACGAUGCUGUGCUGACGGAGGCGGGGGAUUACACAGCUAAAUACUUCAAGCUCCGAAGUUUCUUUGGCUCCAUCUCAGGUGUUCCUCUCCCUCCCCAGCCUGACCUUCUUCCCAAGAUUGCCUAUGAGCCCUUGAGCCUGAAUUUUUACCUGUCACUGUGGGACGCCCUGCAGUACAUGGAGGAGCCAGUCAAUUCUGAAAAACCAGUCAAUAUGGAGAACCUGCCAAUAAACAAUGGAAAUGGACAGUCAUUUGGGUACACUCUGUAUGAGACUACCAUUGCUUCAUCAGGUGUCCUUAGUGGUCUUGUGCGUGACCGGGGACAGGUAUUUGUGAACACAGUGUCUAUAGGAUUCUUGGACUAUGAAAAGAAGAAGAUCGUUAUUCCCUUGAUCCAGGGUUACACCAGGCUGAGGAUCUUGGUGGAGAAUCGUGGGCGAGUCAACUACGGGGAUAAUAUUGAUGACCAGCGCAAAGGCUUAAUUGGAAAUAUCUAUCUGAAUGAUUCUCCCUUGAAAAAAUUCAGAAUCUACAGCUUGGAUAUGAAAAAGAGCUUCUUUCAGAGGUUCAGCGUCGACAAAUGGAGCCCUAUCCCUGCAGUACCUACGUUCCCUGCUUUCUUUUUGGGUGUCUUGUCAAUUUCCCUUUCCCCUUUUGACACCUUCAUAAAGCUGGAGGGCUGGGAGAAGGGGGUUGUAUUCAUCAAUGGCCAAAACCUUGGACGCUACUGGAACAUCGGACCCCAGGAGACCCUCUACCUCCCAGGUGCCUGGUUGGAUCAAGGCAUCAACCAGGUCAUUGUUUUCGAGGAGAAGAUGGCAGGCCCUGUGAUACAGUUCACUGAAACACCCCACCUAGGCAGGAACCACUACCUUGAUUGAACAGCACCGCUCCUGCGCCCCCUGGAAGCAGGAGAGCACCACUGUCUUCCCAGCUGAGCAAGGCCUGGUGCUCUGCUCCCUGACACUCUCCCAAGUGGGAGAGUUUCCUUAAGUAACAUUCUCAGGCAGCCAUGGGGGCUACAGCUCUGCCCCCUACUUUAAUUCAAAGCCCUAAACUUGGAAGAACUGAAGAAGAGAAGUGGAAUAGGAGGGAGGGACCCUCUUCUUACCUAAGUGGCUUCUUGACUGGGCUUUGUUGAUGGCACCUUUCUACUUUCCUGCUCUUUGGGAGAGGACAGAGGGAUGUCUCUCUGGGGGGUGGGAAUGUCUCAUCAUAUCUCCACGUGAUGAGGUUUGCUUCUAUGAUGUUCUCACCUGCACUCAGCAUGGCCCUCAUGGCCCCUUUUCAUUUCUGAAAUAGAAGGUUUGUCACCAUUUGUAGAGGAUGGGGAAGGGGGUGGAUGUCUCACCUCUCUCUGGGAUUCUGGAAGAAGCUCCAUUUGAGAGACACGCACAUCUUCUUCUUUUCCUUUCCACUUUAACUGCAUCUGACAGGAUGACAAGCCAAGCUUAGAAGAAACAGAAAUACUCAGCCUGAAUUAGACAAUAUUUCUGGUUUUACUUGAUGAGAAGGAACAUCAGCUGAGGAGGGAAUGCAGGCCCUAGAAGAAACCACACCCCAAUAUGAGGGCCCAGCUCCAGUGGCUUGGGCAGGGAGCCUCCCUGCUAUGUUGGUGUAACCACGGGGCCUGCAAGCCUAGACCAGACCUUGCUUCCGGCUCAGUCUCUCCUUCAAUCCUUGUAACUAAGCAGGAGGGAGGAGAGCCAGUCUUCCUUUGCAACUGUCUGUCCAAAUUUGAGGUGCUUGUUCUAGGGAUCAAGUCCACUGGUUUGGCUUAGGUUCACUGUCCUGAAUUGCAAUAAAGCAAGAGUUGAAUCAAACCCUUUUUAGUGAUAUUUCUGAUCCCAUCUGUGCCCCUGUUUACCACAGGCAAAAGCAUUGUGGUGUCAGGCACCCAUUUAGUCUAUCUGGCACUGAGAAUCUAGACCCUGACUUUACCUAGUUAGUGGAUGAUCUAUCCCCUGGCUCCUUACCACCUCCCUCCUGACCUUCAUUCUGCCUGACAUGUCAUUGUGGAUUGGUAGUGCCAUUGGAGAGGAGAAGUCAAGUACAGAUUCACUCUGGUGCUGGUGGGCAGUUGCAAGAAUCUGCUAGAUAGCCAAGAACUCGACAUGUGAGUUAGCUACAGAGGGUGAGUUUUCCUCACGAAUAACAUCUGGAUUGUACUGCCAGAAACUAAUUAUUGCCAGUAAUAAUCAAACGUAAAUAGCCAAUACCUCUCCAAGACAUUGCCUAUGCCAGGAAUCCAUAAAGGCCUGUGGGGAAUAGCAGGCCAUGGGGCUCCCAGCCACCCCAUUGCUUACAUCUUGGGCUUGGCUAAGGAAAGGACUCUGCAGUAGGGCAUUUGUAGUGUGUAGCCACUGGGCCCAAGAGCUGAGCCUGGGUCAAGGACAUACAGUAACAAGGCGCUGGGCCCAAGGGUCCUACUAUCUGGGGAUGGCCAGCACUGGGAGCGGUGUCACUGUACCUUACUUUAUACCUGACCGUGUUCUUACAAAGGUGUGUGUAAAAGUUGGCUUUGUUGGAAGAUGUGAUAGGGAACUGGUAUUUAAAUGAAUCUUACAGCAAAUCCUUUUAUAAAGUGAAGAAUCCCUUUGAAUUGCUUUUAUCAAAAUCUGCUCAGGGAUGCAUUGGUCCUCUUGCCCCAACUUACUGUUCUUGACCUUCUUAUCUGCCAGCUAACCCUGCAGCUUCUCUCUGUCAAAGCCCUUUGGCAGAGCUCAUCCUACAGAGUUUAUUCAUGUUUGUCCGGACCUUCCCUACUGGAUGGCUUCAUCACAGAAUCUUUAGAAGACUCUUCAUCACCCCCACAUCUCUAGACCUGCUCCUUGGGCCUCUUCUUCCCUCUGUCCACACUCACUGUGGGUGCAUCACUAACCAGGGUUUGUAAACAGCCUGGAAAUUCAUGCUCUCCAAUGUUUAUCUCCAUCUGAGCUCCAGAUCUACUGGCUGUACACUCACCUUUGCUCCUGCAUGUGAUGACAAAGUCCGAUUACUCCCCCAUGAUCCCUGCUGCACUCUGUUCCAUAGCAGGAAAUGGUUAUUCUGUGUCUCAGAUUGGUUUUAGCUUCUCCAUUUUAUGGAGAAGUGCACAACCACUCCACCACUUCAUUCUCCUGGCUGUAUCUCAGGCAUAUCCAGAACCUGACCACUUCUCUCUGUCCCAAGGCUUGCUCUUCUGACUCACCAUCAUCUCCUGCCUGGAUCAUGGCAGGAGCCACCUCCGCUAGCCUGCCCUGCCCUCUGUUUAUGGUCAGCACAGAAAGGGGAGUGAUUUCUUUAUAGGCCAGUUUGGCCCUUUGCUCCAAACACUCCAACGGCUCCGCUUCCCUUUUUACUUGCAGAAGCCAAAAGCUUUGCCCGGUUCCCAGGGCCAGUAUAUUCUGUGCACCCCACCAACUGCAUCCAUUUUACUUCCCACCCAACCCCUCCUGUCUUGCCAGUUGUAGGCACACUGGCCUUUUUGCUGAUCUUUAAACAUGCUAAGUACUCUCUGCCUGGAAGUGAGUUCCCGUUUCUGGAAUGGUCUGAUCCAGGUAAGUGUGUGUCUGUACUCUACUGCUCUGCUGGGUCCUCUCAUCAGGGAGGCCUUCCUGACCACCCUAGAGAGGGGAUCAACUCCUCCUCAGCUACACUCUGACACCCCUAUCUGGCCUCAUACUUCUCGUUAGACCAGAUCACAUCUAAAAUACCGUAUAUGCCUGGUGUUCAUCUGUCUUGUCCCUAAGGAGGGAAGCUCCAUGAAGACAAGUGCUCUGUGCUAGUUCCUAGAAUAAUGCCUGCUCAUAGUAGGCACCUGCCAAGUAAAUACUUGUUGGAUGGUUAAAGCAGUAAAUGAGAAUAAAGUAAGGCAGGGCUGCAGAGGAUUAGGGCUAUUAAAAACCAUGUUUGACUUUUAAUUUUGGAAACAAAUUAAAUACAGUUAAAUUAAAACAGACCAGAUGGUGCAGCUGCACAGGCUCCACCCUCACCCCAGGCUCUGUUCUGGUGGCUCCUAGACCCCGGCCUCACUCUUGUGGUGGGGAGCAGGAACACACUGGGUUUGAGAAACAAAUUGUAGUCAUGGACCCAACUCUGAU